CAUUCAUGAUUUUUCACUGUUUGGACUGUGAAAAAUCGCCACCAAAUUGUAGGUUAUCAGUAGUUUAAAGGACUCACCUUCCAUCUCAACCUUACUUUACUUUUGCAGUUUGCAGCGAUCUGUUCUGUGUUCCUAUCUGUAUCUGUGUGUGUUUUUUGUAACGAAACCGCUUGGGAGGAUUGUUACUACCGUCACAACAAACCCAAAUCCAUGCCAUCGGAGAGCAGCAAUAGCAAGCCAUGUCCCAUAAAAACAGUGGUGGUUUUAGUGCAAGAGAACCGCUCCUUCGAUCACAUGUUGGGAUGGAUGAAGUCCCUCAAUCCUGAAAUAGAUGGCGUUACAGGACAAGAAUACAACUUGUUGUCCACAACCGAUCCCAACUCAACGCGUGUUUACUUCGGUGAUCGGUCGGAGUUCGUUGACCCCGACCCUGGUCACUCAUUUGAUGCAAUAUACGAGCAAGUGUUCGGCGUCCCAUGGGGGCAGUCAUCUUCUGGUGAUGUUAAGGUUGCGACGAUGAAUGGGUUUGUUCAGCAGGCAGAGAGCGUACAGAAGGGGCUGUCGGAGGUAGUGAUGAAUGGGUUCAGACCAGAAGUGGUGCCGGUUUUCAAGGAGUUGGUGAUGGAGUUUGCUGUGUGCGACCGGUGGUUUGCGUCGAUUCCGACUCUAACACAGCCCAAUAGGUUGUUUAUUCACUCUGCAACAUCGCAUGGUAUAGUCAACAAUGAAACCAAGAAACUGAUCCAUGGGUUUCCACAGAAGACCAUUUUCGAUUCGCUUGAUGAGGCCGGAUUCUCUUUCGGGAUAUAUUACCAGUAUCCUCCUUCCACGCUUUUCUACAGGAACCUGAGAAAAUUGAAGUAUGUGAAGAAUUUCCAUCAGUAUGAUCUAGAAUUCAAGAGGCAUUGCGAGGAGGGGAAGUUGCCAAAUUACGUGGUGAUUGAACAAAGAUAUUUUGGAACAAAAUUGAUUCCGGGCAAUGACGAUCAUCCUUCACACGAUAUUGCUGAAGGACAAAAGCUUGUGAAGCAGGUAUACGAGGCACUGAGAGCCAGUCCUCAGUGGAAUGAGAUAUUGUUCUUGAUUACAUACGAUGAGCAUGGUGGUUUCUAUGACCAUGUCCCAACUCCUACUGGGGUCCCAAGUCCAGAUGACAUUGUCAGUGAUGAUUCCUUUAAGUUUCAAUUUGACCGCCUUGGUGUUCGGGUGCCCACCAUCUUGAUUUCUCCAUGGAUUGAACCAGCAACAGUGCUGCACCGGCCGGCAGGACCAUAUCCAACGUCCGAGUUCGAGCAUUCUUCCAUUCCGGCAACAGUGAAGAAGAUAUUCAAUCUCAAAGAGUUUCUAACAAAGCGUGAUGCUUGGGCUGGCACUUUUGACGUUGUGUUGAACAGGGAGACCCCAAGAACAGACUGCCCAGUUACACUGCCGGAGCCAGUAAAACUGCGAGCAGCUGGCGAUGCAAAUGAGGAGGCAACGCUAAGUGAUUUUCAAGAGCAGUUAGUACAGAUGGCAGCGACGCUGAAAGGGGACCAUGGAAACGACGAUAUUUCUUCACACAACCUAAUAGAGGGCAUGAAGGUUGCAGGGGCUGUCAAUUACAUUGAAGAUGCCUUCAAGAAAUUCCUGGAUGGAUGUGAGGAUGCCAAGAAGAAGGGCUCCGAUGAGUCCGAGAUUGUUGUAUUGACCACCACCACUCCAACUACAGAAGAAGAACCCCCACCUUCUAAGUCUAAGUCCUUCAUUCACAAAAUGUGUGCUUGUUUGGCCUGUAAAUAGCUCUAAAAUAUAGUUCAACAAUGUUUGCUUUUUGUAUGAAAAAUAUGUAUUUCUGCAGAUUGAAACUGCUUUUGUCAGUUUGUGUGGAGGGAGAGAGAGAGAGAUUUAUUUGUCAAAUUGAUAGUUUUUGUCAUAUAAAGUUUAAUUUGAGUGCACAAAAGUUACAAUUUACUA